GGAUAGUUACUAUUUAGGCAGUUAGGCCCAAAAGGAGACCUCAGGUUUUGUGUACAGGGUUACCAUAGUAGCACAUGCAAAUGGAUAAUUAGAUAUGCACCAUCACCUCAUUUGCACACUGUGAUGGGGUCUGUCAGGCCUUCUCUGCUGCCUGCUAGAGGCUUUGGGUCCUGACAGCCUGGCCCAGAUCUUCAAAAUCUCUGGACUCUUUUGCUUAAGGAAAACCCGCUCAGGGCCAGACUACCAAUGAGACUUAGUCCUCCAGGGGCCUAGAAGGGCCAUAAGAAGACACUGACCAAUAGGGAGCCAGCAGGCCAGUUAAGAAGGCUUGCCUGUGUCUGAACUGGGCAGUGCUGAGUGAGAGAGGAAUACAAGAGGAGGUUCUUGGUACUAUCCCAGAAUAUUAGGACUGGCGGGAGGCAGGGCUGCUCAGGGGCUUGGCUUCUACUUAAACACUGUAACUGAGCAGUCAUCUCUUGUGUUUACUAGUUUAAAGGCACAGAGCCAACCUUGAGUUUGGUUUAACAUUAACCAUUUAAAGACUGCGCUCACAGCAAGGGCUGUUCUGCUCCAGCCCAGCCGCCCGCCUACACACAGGCAUGCAAGAGUAAGCAGGCAAAUUUGCAUAUGCUUUUGCAUACAGACCGCAGGACUCCCUCUAAGGACCCUGUUCGCCUGCACCAAUGUGAGUUGACUCCUGUGCAAAAACUCACAUGGGAAAUGCAGGCACCAAAUUGCAGAUGUGCUUAGAGAGGCUGGGCUCAGGCCUUGUAGGAGAUGUGGCCCAGUGGUUAACUAAAGAAUGAGGAUUUUAAAAACUCAAUUUAGUGUGGCUCCUGCCACCUCUCCUGAGAGAAGAGGGCAGUUCAAUCUGCAGAGUCAUUCAUUCCCCUCUCCAGUGCUUUCAAAGGUACCAACGCCCCUCCUACCCCCACCUGGGGUGGCCCCCCCUCCUGUUUAGGGAGAAGGAAAUUCAGAGUCAGAUUUUUGCCCUUAGGCAUGUGCGGAUAUGUGCAUACAGUUGUGCACACCUCAGAUACGCAACAAAUUUCCAAGGUGCACGUGGAAAGGGGGCAUUUGCUCACGUGUGGCCAUGCACGUGCCAAUCCCUGCUUCGUGCAUCGGAAUUUGCACCCACCACUCAGGCCUGAGCAACGAUACGUGUGCCAUUGUCCAUGCCUAUGUUUGGAAUUCUGGCCCACCGUAACCACAGUCCCUGAAAUUAAGCCUCCCUUCUCUGAAUCUGACAUCCACUCCACCCUUUCUCUUACACUAUCUGUUCUGAAUGGUUUCUUUGCUUCCCCAUUCCAGCCUCACCUCCUUCUCUAUCGAAAGCGACGGGGGCUACAUGGAUAUGAGCAAGGAUGACUCCCUGGACUACGUUCCCAUGUCUGAUAUGAAGGGAGAGAUCAAGUAUGCUGACAUUGAGUCCUCCAACUACGGCACUCCCUACGAGCUGGACAGCUAUUCCCCCUCAGCUCCCGAAAGGACGGACCGCGUGACCCUGAUAAACGAGUCCCCACUCCUCAGCUACACAGACCUGAUUGGGUUUAGUUUCCAGGUGGCCAACGGGAUGGAGUUCCUUGCGUCCAAAAAUUGUGUGCACCGAGACCUGGCAGCAAGGAACGUCCUCAUCUGCGAGGGGAAGCUGGUGAAGAUCUGUGACUUUGGCCUGGCCAGAGAUAUCAUGAGGGAUUCCAACUAUAUCUCCAAAGGCAGCACCUUCCUGCCUUUGAAAUGGAUGGCACCUGAGAGCAUCUUCAACAACCUCUACACAACCCUGAGUGAUGUGUGGUCUUUUGGGAUCCUUCUCUGGGAGAUAUUUACCCUGGGUGGGACUCCAUACCCUGAACUACCCAUGAAUGAGCAGUUCUACAAUGCCAUCAAAUGUGGCUACCGAAUGUCUAAACCCACCCAUGCUUCCAACGAGAUCUAUGACAUCAUGCAGAAAUGUUGGGAAGAGAAGUUUGAAAUAAGACCUUCCUUCUCUCAGCUGGUGGUACUUAUGGGGAACCUCCUGGCAGAUGGAUACAAGAAGAGGUACCAACAGGUCGAGGAAGAGUUCCUGAAGAGUGACCACCCUGCUGUUCUGCGCACAAGGCCCAGAAUCCCCGGGGUCAGCAGCGCCGGGCUCACCCCCAGCUCCGGCACCGGAAGUGUCCUCUAUACAGCCGUGCAGCAGGACGAGGGGGACAAUGAGUACAUCAUCCCUCUUCCUGACCCCAAGCCCGACGGAAUCGACGACGCCCCUCAGGAGGCUUCGGUCAGCCGGGCCAGUUCUACUCUGAAUGAAGUGAACACUGCAUCCACAAUAUCCUGUGACAGCCCCCUGGACCUACAGCAGGAAGGGGAACAGGAGGAACCUGAACCAAAGUCAGGCUGCCAGGAGCCAAGCCAAGGGCACCACGACAUGGAAGAGAGUUUUCUGUAAAAAGGGCAGGGCUGAUGCUACCCCACACCCUACCAGUGAGACCAGCUGGGGGGCAACCAAACUUGGUGGAGAACCUAGACGGGUGCUUCUUUAUCCCGCCCUCCGUCCCACCUCCCAGCACAACGUGGACUAUAGAGGCACCUUUCCUCUCCCCCAGCCUCGCUGCCACACUCCACCCCAUUGAUCAAACUACUGAGAUGAGGCGGGGUCUCCUCACAGACAAACCUCUUCUCCUCACAGUGAAGCCUGCAGUGCUCCCAGACCAAGGGGCAGGGCUCCAGCGGGUCUCCAGAGGAGAUACUGCCGUUCACUCCAUUUGUUUGAUAUCCCAGCCUCUUUCCCACACCCCGGUGCAACAGGUGGCUCUGAAUUCCAGUCUCCAUCUGGGCCGAAGCUGCCUCUUUGAUGUUCUGCGUACCCGCCACGCUGUGGUACAACUGCCAUAUGUGGCUGGGCUGGACAGACCGAUUCCUUGCAGCUCCCUGGUGGGGCGUCGGGAAGCCAAUAGGCCAGGCCCCAGUCACAAGAGAACAGGAUCAUACUGAUUGGAUUCUCUCUCAAGCACAGCAGAGCUAUUAUAGCCGCUGAGGAGAAACGAGCCAUGGAGAAUCCAGUCACCAGGAGAAACCAGUCACGUUCUUCCCCUCUUGUCCUCUCCAGCCUUUCUGAGAGGAAUGCGGCACCACAAGCACUGUGGUACAGGUACCUGUGGCACUGGGCCACAAUGCUGCAUUAGCACCCUUUUCCUCCACCCCCAAGGAGAUGUCAUAGGCUGACCCUCUUUCUGCCCACAACAGCACCCUGGGUUCCUAAGGGCCUGCCAGGAAUCAGGGAUGCUCUGAUAAUGACUCUGCUGUGGCAGCAGCAACACAUUCCAGCGUUAUCUUCCUCUGUGUGGACUCUAAGCCUAGAUAGUCUCCAUAUCGCUCAUUUAAAGGGAACAAAUAAGAUCUCUUAAUUCACUAGCCAGGGCCAGUAUAGGAACACAAAUGGCUAUUCAUUAAUCUUCUAGUGCCACGGAACCUAUUUCACCUGCUGGGAAAGUCUCUCAGCCCAACUGGCUCCAGAAUCUUUGUUUUAUCUUUGGGAAGCAGUGGUAUGACGUUGAUGUUACUUUGUUCAUACGAGUUCCCCUUUCUGUGCCGUCUGGGUCCCUCACGUGAAUUGCAGCCUCUUGCCCUAGGUGAGUAACCAGGCUGCAUAAACACAAACCCAGGCGAUCCAGGGACAGCGAGAGAGAGAGAGAGAGAGAGUUUGUGAAGUCAUCUGAGAGCUGUAUAGGGUUUAUGGUCCUGCCACUUACAGUCUCUUUGACUGUACAAAUACAUUGGGGGGAGCCAACUUUUAAACAACAAGCAGCAUUUGUGUUUGCCAGGAGCAGCCGUUCUCAUGCUGACAGGAUCCAUGGAGCCUUGCAGGAUGGUACAUUUUGGGACCCAAGCAGAGGAGGAAGGAUCAGGUUGUCGGAUGGGAAGUGGGCCUAAGACAGGGACUUUCUCUUAGAAAGUGGAAUGCAGAAUGGAAAUGUUGGAGAACCUCUCGUCUUGCUUCAAACCCCUCCUCUACCCCAUUGGCAGGGCUGUGACCUGUAGCGCUCUGAGCUUCCACUCGUUAGUCGAAGAGAUAAACCAGGUGGAAAACAAGGAAACCAUGAAAAUCCCCCAAAACAGGAAGGUUAUGACAAUGUCUUCAGCUUGGAAACCAGCAUUUUCUCCCUUUUGAAUAGCAUCAAAUUGCUUAGCACCCUUUUCCUCCACACCCACAGCUCCCUCUAGCUCAUCCACUUCCCUGUCCCUCUCACACACAUGGUGGCUGUGCUCUUAUUAACAGAGAUGGUUGGAAAUGUUCACAUUUUCAAUGACGUUCUUUGUGGAGGUUUGUCGGCCAGUUUAUAGAGCCGUCUAAAACUGUCCACCGAAAAACAUUGACAGUUUUGGUGUGUUUUCCAAUCAGCUCUGGUUAAUGGUGACAUAUUUGUAAAGUUAAAUCAAGAGGAACAGGUACCUGUGGCGGGGAGGGUUAUGUUUUUAAUAAAAUGUGAAAGCUAAAUGUAGCACUGUUAGUGGUAGCCAGCCAAGUGCUACUGCAAUCCUGCAAACCAUGGCCAGAGGUGUUUCUCUAUUUCCUGCAAGUAUGGUCAGAUUUCUCAGAUCCCAUCAUCCUCAGGAAUCAUUCUGUGAAUGGCAACUCUUUUCCUACACACGCAUCCUCUUGAUCGUAGUGCAAGAUCCACGUUCAGUGGACAUGACUCAAGCAAUGCCCCAAACCACAGGGAAGCAACAUAGAUCGUUGGGGUUAGCCCACGUUUCCUCGGUUUCUUAGGUGCUCUGUAGGGCACAAGCCACCACAGCUUCAGCCAGGUGAAGGGAUACUGCUCUUAUCAAGUAGUUUGUGUUGUGUUUUUGUCCCAGCUUUCUAAGACCUCUCAAUCUGGGUGGAUUUAAUAGAUCCCCUCUAUGGUCAGAGCCUUUAUCUGCCAGGGCAGAUUUCUCUUUUUAUGAUGCCCCGUGCUACUACUUGAAAUAGAACCUGUGAUUUAAAGAACUCAUUAGCUCCUGCCCGCACAGCAGCCCUAAGCAAAAUUUAGCUGUACAAAUCUGACCUUGUGAAUCUGGGGCUAGCGGGAAGUCUGGCAAAGGUGUGCUGGUGCUGAACACUGUCUGGCUACUUCCAGCUCCAUCUGGGCUUGACAUGAAGAGUUUGAUUUGCCUUCUGCUCCGCUGGAAAAGCUGUUUGGUUUCACAUCGUGCUGCGAGUGUGCAGUGACUCGCUGCCUUGUGUCAGAGUGAGAUGCCCCCUCGGAUAAGGGCAGACAGUGCUGACCAGGUGAGCCUCCCCCCAGGUAAGAGUCCAGCUGGGUAGCCUCAGGAACACCAAGAAGGGAAAACCCUUUUCAAAGAAAGGAGUCUGCUUUUUUUUAAUUCCCAACCAGCCAAUGGGUACAAUGGUGGCGGCUCCAUGGGCAAAGUACACCUAUCCCUUACAGUUUCCAGAAGAAAUUCCGUGGCCAAAAUCUGCCAGGCAUUAAGGUUCACACCCUCUCUCUCUCUCUCUCUCUGCUUCUGAAAUUCCUACCUGGAUCCGUCAGACUUCUGGGAACGACAAAUGUUUUAACCCAUCUGUUGCCAUCAAUUUUGUAGCCAUAAUUUGUCCUGAAGGGAACUGAUUCCUCUAGGGUUUUUAUUUUAUAUUGUUACUUUUUUUGUUUGUUUUUAAUGUUGGGGGAUGGGUCCAAACUGAACCCCUUUUCCAAGGACCCCAAAUGAUGGAGUCUCCAGAACCCCCAAAGGGAAUCCAGUGCUGCAGUUUGGGCCCAUCGCCGGUAUAUUUUUUUAACUCCUAUUUUAAUCUGCAGUCAUUACAAAGUUAUCCGCUCCAAUAUAUGCACUUUCCUCCUGCCAGUCACGAUUUCUGUGCAUCCAGGAGUCUAUUGCUACACUACAGUGUCUCUCUCCAUAUUUAAGAUGCUGCUCAGUCUGACAUGUUUGACUUUUUAAUGUUUGUCAUUUUCAGUUGGGUGGGUUUUAUGUAAGGAGAGUCGUGUUUAGUGUUUUGCGUCACAUUAUAAAGUCUAGAGCACAGUGGACUUUACUUGGAACUGAGUUGUCUCUAUUCACCUCUGCGGGGACCAGCAGGUCCUUUGUGGAGUCAGAGCAGUGAGAUGGGAGCUAGACUUGCAGUGCAAGGAGCAAUCAGUAGAAAGUUGGCCAAAACUGGUGUUAAAGACCCACCUAAUUUAGGAUCACCAACUCUCUGGGAGGUACAGCACCAACGGGCAGGAAGUAUCUUGAUAAGUGUUGGAUGGAGAUCCUGGGGAACGCCGUGUUAUGUCAAUCCACAAUACUGGACUAAGCAGGGGAGGGAUAUUUCAUAGCUGUAUCCUUUUGGGAGAGAUUUGCCACAGCCCAAGCACCGGGGAGGGAGGGGAUCCCUUCCUUGUUCCACUGCACAGAGGUUAGAGAAAGAACUAGACUAGCAUGUCAUUAGUCCAUCGCCUCCUCCCAGCCAUGCAGGGUUGUUCCCUACAGGAUUCCUGCUCCAGCUGAGUUUGACCCUAGCCCUUGCCUCAUAGCAAGACAGGUGGCAGUCCCAGAACAGGUGGGGAGCGAAGAGUGACUGGCCACCUGCUCCCGCUCUUCCCCCAUAAAGGGAGGGGGAAUUUAAAGAGACAGAGCCUUCAUUUUCACCCUUCCAUCUUCCCCCACAUCAAUUAAUGCCAAUCCCAGCUUUGCCAGUUUUUGCAAAGGGGUUAAAAUAUUGGCACAGGCUCACACAACCGCCACACACACAUGCAGGAUACCAGGGGAAAUGUUCUUCUUUCCCCACUUUCGGUUUAAGACAAUGCUAGGAGAGUGGCUGGCUCCUGACCCUGCCCUACAGCGCUGGCGACCCUAAAUACGACCCAGUGGUUUAUCUGCAGUGUUUCUCUUCAGACAGCAGAAGGGCAACCGAUCUUCAGCUUCCACAUCACAUUGCUGCAGGUGGCAACUCUCCUCCAUGGCCCAUGGGACCAAGCUGCUGCAGCCCCUGGAUUUCCAGGCCUGUAUGGACACUUGCUUAGGUCAAGCCUAUCAGAAACCUGAGCUGCAUCAGACAGGUGACUGACACAAGCUACACAGCAUGUCCCAGUGACGGCAGCAGCUGGGAAUGUAACAAAUUGGGAGGGGGGAGAACCAUUAAUGAAAUUCUGCCCAGUGAGAUCAAACUGCAGUGGAAUGAGCCACCCAUCCCCGUGGCAUGUCUCCUGGGCUGCUCCUCCCCUCACUUUCAAACCUUGUUAUAGGCUCAGCCGCUUCCUUCCUGCUUGCAGUGAUUUCAGACCUAGCACAUCUCUAGUUCCUCUAACCUUUGUUUCAACCUUCUGCGUUUCUGAAGAUAUUCAAUGGGUAGGAACCAAAGUGCAAAGCGCCGGGGCAGAACCGGCACGGGACAUCUGACCGGCUGUCUCUUCGGUCAUGCCCUGGGCGUCAAGUGGCAGUGCCGGAAUGGAGGGGAACACCCUGCAGGGAAGGGACAGUGGAUUAGGAAGCAGGUCAUCUUGAGCCGUGAUGGCCUGAUGCAGAGUUAAAUGAAAGAGAAUCACAUCUUUUGCUUGGAGCCACAGCAAUGCCAUUUUUAAAGGUGAAGUUACAUUGAUGCUGGUACUCUGUGCUCAUGCAAUCUUGCAGUCAUGGUCACCUCCACGCCUUAUAGACGGGGAACGUUGGGGAGGGGCCUGCCCGCCAAGCAGACUAGCAGCCUCAACCCAUUUGUUUCGAUCUAUGGUACUUACCUGGCCCCCAUUAUGGGGGUAUCUCUGCGCCUCACAGUCUUUAGUGUGUUUGUCCUCACAGUACCCCUGUGGGCCAGGGCAGUGCUCGUAUAGCCACUGUACAGAAGGGAACUGAUGCCCAGAGAGGCUAAGUGACUUGUCUAAGGUCACACAAGGAGUCUGUGAUAGAGCAGGGAAAUGCACCCAGGACUCCCAAGUCAGCACCCUCCCCACUGGCCCAGUUCAAUGGAAUUCCCCGUUUCCCUUGGAGGAGCAAACCCUGCACUCAGACACGCCAGUAUAAAUCUGGAGUGCCCGAGCAUAGGCAUGGAGUUGUUCUAGGUUUGCUCCUGGGUUACUGUGAGAAGAGCUUGGCCAGACGUGUGAUUCGUUCCCUCUAGACUUGGGGGAUGAAUGAAACUGAGGAGCCAAGCAGUGGAAGGGCCCAUGACACAGGGGACUGGUCUGUCUCACUCCCCCGCCCCUGUUUGCUGUUUCCCCCUUUACAGACUGCACUACCAAGUCCAACGCAUUAGUGAGUUUGCCCAUUGAUUUCUCUCUCUCUCAGCCCCUCCCUCGCCCCCGCACGGUACAAUAUGGAUAAUCUGUUGGGAUUGCACCUUUUUAUGGCACGUUAUUAGGCCUGUGUGGAAUCUCUGAACAGAAACAGCGCCUGUAUUUGCAUUUUUCCUAUUAACCUCUCCUAAGCCAUCAUGGGGGCAAGACACGGAACUGCGUUCAAACUAAGGUACCAAAGUGUUAACGUUAUCCUAGGUUUACAAAUGUAUUUGUAGAGCUCUUAUUAAGCCACAUUUAUACCGGUGAGAUAUUAUUUUUUAUGCUGUAAACUUUAUACACAUGUUUUUAAGGAAAGAUUUUAAAAUUAAAGGUGUUUCUUCUUUUUCAA